AUGGCCGGAGUACUAUAUCAGAUAGAUGAUAAUAAUGAAAUGAGAAUUUUAGGCUAUCAUAGUAAAGCCUUAAAAGGCCCCGAAUUAAAUUGGUCUGUUACUGAACAAGAGUUUUAUGCUGUAAUAAGCUGCCUAAAGAAAUUUGAAACAUAUUUGAGGGGCAGUAAAGUAAUAAUACUAACUGAUCAUAAAGCAUUAUUGUUUAUUAAUAAUAUGAAGUUAUUCAAUGGUAGAGUAACCCGAUGGAUUUUGUAUAUAGAACAAUUUAAUUAUGAAGUACAGCAUAUAUCGGGUAGACGUAAUAUUGUUGCAGAUGUGCUAUCACGUUAUCCUCCUGAUGGCGAUUUAAUACAAGAGGAUAAAAAUAAUAGUUUAGAAAUUGCUUACACAGAGAGCGAACCGAAUAUUGAGUUGAUAGAAAAAUUAAAAUCCUUAUCAGUAUAUCAAUUACAAGAUUCAGAGUCGUUGGCUAUUAUUGAAAAGUUAAAGACAUUAAAUACUUCCAUAAUAAAACAAAACAAUAAAUUUAAAAGGUAUAGUUUGAAAAAUGAUGUAUUAUAUUACAAAACGAAUUUACAAGAAGUAAUAUAUUUACCUAAAGCAUUGAGACAAGAUAUUAUAAAUCAAGUGCAUGUCGAAAUGGGUCAUCAAGGACCCUAUAAGGUAAUUAAAUAUGUGAGAGACAGAUUCUUUUGGAAAGGUUUAACAAAAGAUAUUAAAAACCAAUUAAGGGCUUGUCAUUUAUGUCAGUUAUCUAAGAAAAGUAAUAUAACAUAUGUGGGUCCCUGCAAAUCUAUAAUAACAGAAAACAUUGGCGAUAUAGUCAUGGACCACUUGUAUCAGUCAACAGCAAAGUCUGUUGUAACAAAAGUAAAGCAUUUUGUUGAGAUUAUAAAGCCCAAGGCAAUAAUGACAGAUAAUGGAAAACAGUUCGUAAGUAAUCACUGGAAACAAUCAAUGAGUGAAUUAAAUAUAAAGCCAAUAUAUACCACAGUUAGAAAUCCUAGACCAAAUACAACAGAGCGAGUAAAUAAAGAGUUGAGCAGAUUAUUUAGGACGCUUUGUCAUACUAACCACAAAGAUUGGGCGUUAAUAUUGCCGAAAUUAGAAGAAUUGUAUAAUAAUUCUUAUCACAAUAGUACAGGCUUCAUGCCUUGUGAGAUUCUUUAUGGUGAGUCUAAUGAGAUGUCUUUUGACAAAGUAAUUUCCAAACGUAAAGACAAACAUAAUGUCGAACAAAUUAGACAACAAGUGCGUAAAAAUUUAAAAGAGGCAAGUCGAAUAAGAAACACAAAAUUUGAUAAGCGAAAUAGAUUAAUAAAAUAUAAUAUUGGUGACUUAGUAAAAAUUUUAAGAUCUAGUAGAUCAGACGCUGAUAAUAAAGUUAUGAGUAAGUUCAAUUUGGCAUAUGAAGGACCUUAUGUAAUAGCAGCCGUACCAUUUGACAAUGUAUAUACCUUAGCAAAUCCAGAGACAAACGAAAUUAGAGGAAUUUUCAAUGCUAUUCACUUAUUAAAAUAUUUUAAAUAA